CCUUUCCCAGACCCCAGCAGGAACCCCUUCAGAACCCCUAAAAGAGGCGGAGCUAAAUGACAACAUCACCAUCUUUACCCGAAUACUGGACAGACUGCUGGACGGCUAUGACAACAGGCUACGUCCUGGACUCGGAGAGAAGGUGACCGAGAUCAAGACCAACAUAUUUGUGACCAGCUUCGGUCCCGUUUCUGAUACUGAAAUGGAGUACACCAUUGAUGUGUUCUUCAGACAGAGCUGGAAGGACGAACGUCUGCGUUUCCAAGGCCCCAUGAAGAUGUUACCGUUAAACAACCUCCUGGCGUCUAACAUCUGGACCCCAGACACCUUCUUCCUCAACGGGAAGAAAUCUAUCGCCCACAACAUGACCACGCCCAACAAACUUCUCCGACUGAAAGACGACGGGACACUGCUCUACACGAUGAGGUUAACCAUCUCAGCAGAAUGCCCCAUGCAGUUAGAGGACUUCCCCAUGGAUGCCCACGCCUGUCCUCUUAAGUUUGGAAGCU